CGCGAAGAAUUCGUCGUUUAGAUUAGACCCCUCCGUCAAACACGCCCUACAUAUAUACGAAACUCCAUAUCCCCAAACCCCACGGCUCACUCACUCCCCACACCUAUACGCAAGCAUCUCUGUACGUAUAUGUGUAGGCCUUGAUCAGCUUCAAUGGCAACGGCGGUGGUACAGCCGUUCACAAAGAACCUCCGCCCCACCCCCAUGACUCUCCCCAAUCCAAAACCACUAAGAGUCUGCUUUUCCUACGCAGCCUACGCCAAGAAUCUGAUACAUUACCUCCACUCCUCGAAUAUUCCGGUGGAGGCCGGCCUUUCAGAGGCGGAGUUCUCCGCCGUCGAGUCUUCUUUUAAUUUCACAUUCCCGCCGGACCUCCGCUCCAUCCUCCAAGAAGGCCUCCCCGUCGGCCCCGGCUUCCCCAACUGGCGAUCGUCAUCUAAACAACAGCUCGAGAUUCUCACAAAUCUGCCGAUCCUGGGAAUUUGCAAAGAAGUUUCAAGAAAUGAAUUCUGGGUUGAUUCUUGGGGUAUUAGACCUGAUGACACUGAUCAUACUACGAGGUUGGCUAGAGGGUUCUUGAAAAAAGCGCCGGUUCUUGUGCCGAUUUAUCGGCACUUCUACAUCCCCUCGACGCCGGCUACUGCGGGAAACCCAGUGUUUUACGUGUAUGGAGCCGACGUGAAGUUAUGGAGCUUUGACAUUGCCGGUUUCUUUCAGCGGGUGGAGUUUAGAAUGAGCGGUGGGGAGGAGGUUUUGAGGAGGCCGAGGUUGUGUAAUUUGUUCACGGCGCCUGCAUGGGCCGCGACGGAAGCUCAAAGGAUCGAGUUUUGGACGGAGGCGGCGGAAAGAGGGGAGAAUGAGGCGGCGCGUAUGGGUACACGCCGGUGGUGGAGUGGGGAGUUGGGAGGGUGUUUGGAGGAGGUGUGUUGGAGGUUAAGGGUGGGAGGGUGGAAAGAGGAGGAUGUUAGGGAAAUGAUGAUGAUGGACGGCUGGGAUAAGGUUAAUCAGGAGGAUAAUCAGAGUUCUGAUGAAGCAGUCGACAGUGAAUCCCUGGACCUGGAAUGUCGCGUACGGACGCUGUCAGCCAGAUUGUUGCGUGCGGGAUGGAGCACGGAGGAUGUGGUGGAGUCUCUUGGAUUUCCAUAUGAUCUUCAUCAGAAUGGUGUUCUUGAUGGAGACUCCUGCUUUGAUUUCCAUCAUACAGCAAGUUGUGGUGAUCAAUAGCAUAAUUAUAAUAGCAUCUUCUCAUUUCUUUUUUUUUUUCUUUGAAAAAAUUAGAC